AUGCAGCAACCAGAACAAAAGACUGACACGAAGCAAUAUUCUUCGUAUGGAACUGUCCUCGAAGCUGCCUUUGUGGACCCAGCCUAUACUUGGCCUCCACCAGAAGGCGAAGGAAAGAAUGCCAUUGAAUUGCAAGCGAGUGUCAAUCUGCUGGACGACAAUGCUUCGGUAGCCACCACGGAUUCCCAACGACAACGCAUGACGAUUCCACCCAAACCAGUACCCAAACCACCGCCGAAAAAGAAAUUCUGGCAAUGCUGCUCCAAAGCGAAUGACGAGGACAUGCUCGAAAUGCACCAAUGGGAACUCCAAAAGAAGGCAGCCUUGGACGCUCGCAAGGAUCAUUACGAUCUCAAGAUGGAACGCGCCAAGGAAGUCCGUCGCCGGAAUCGAUACAACCGCGUUCCAGAAGGAAUUCUCAUUUAUCAACUGAAUACGGCCAAUCAGACUCUAACACUCAUGAGUCAACCCCAUUCUCAAACAGACACCAUGACCUUGGUCGAAGAAAUGGUCAUUGCCAGUGCCAGACCGGCCAAUGGAAGAACCCGCCGUGGGAUGCUCGUCAAGGGCGUCGAUGGGACUACCGUGACCCUAGUCGCCUGCGAACAACGAACGGCCAUUGCUUGGAUGGAAGCCAUUGACAUGAUGCUUGCCAACAAGAGGCGAUUGCGAAAGACUGGAAGCAAGAGCGAAUCCAGAGAAUGGAGAAAGAAUAACCUCAGUGGCGAAGAAUUGGAUCAAAUUGAAGGUCAAUAUCUUAACUUGGCCAGUUAUUCCAACAAGCUCAUUCGGGCCGACAAGAAAUCCAAAAAGUCGGAAGCCAGUGGGAUCUAUUACUCGAUUGAAGUCUCCAAGGACCCUGCCGAAGCCUUUGAACAAGAAGCACUCGAAUCGAUUGCCAAGCGUCGUGCGGUCAUUAAGGAUUCCUGGGACUUUUAUCGAAUGAUUUGUUCCUUGUUGAGAGAUCGACGCAAAUACGAAGAAGUCUAUCGCAAGAUGCAACUCGAUCCGGUAUUUCCCUACCUCAAUUCCAUGACGGGAUUGAACGAUCCUGGUGAAACUGGAUAUGUCAACCACGACAAGGCACUCAUUCAAAAGGAUUUGCCCAAAUACUCUAAAAUGACUAGACGGGAAGUGGCCGAAGAUUUGAUUCAACACGCCAAUGCGGCACUGCCGUCGUUGGUGGAGAUCUGCAAGGCGUUGGCGGGCAGCUUGGGAAUGGAAGAAGUAGGUGUGGGACCCAUCAAGGAAAUGCCAGCUUCGCUACGCAAGGCAGAAAAGAAGUAUGAUGGAGAUUUGCUGAAAGUGACGGACUAUUGCCGUGCCUUGGUCGUUGUCAAGGACUUUCCUUCUCUCUUGGCGCUCUUGGAGUUGGCCCGCGACUCGUUUGGACCCUUGAUUCGUCGGGUCAAAUUGAGCAGCCUCAAGUCGGACUGCAGCGCCAAGACGGGUGGAUACCGUGAUUGUAUUAUUAAUAUUGAAUUGAAGGAGCACAUUUGCGAAAUUCAAGUCCACUUGUGGCCCAUGUGGUUGAUUUGCGGUGUCGAUGGAUUCCGUCAUUACCGCCACUGUUUGGAAUACAAUACGGAUUCCUUUGAAAAUGCAUAUGAUGCCUUGGAGGGAUUGGAUCGCAAGACAAUGGCAGAACUGAUUGUCAUGGCCGAAGAAGCCGUCGCCGAAACCCCAUUGGAUGAUUUGGAAUGGUUCCAAGAAAAGUUUAUCUUGGAUUAUUUUGCCGAGAUUGGACUCUUUAUGAAGCAUGGAUUGCACGUGUGGGCUGAAAUUACUCUUCGGCAUUUGAUUCGACUACGAACGGGUGCUCCUGACAUUGGUCCCGAGCAUCACGAAACCAUGCUGUUAUAUGGAUACUUGGAACAAGUCUUGAGGAGCAUGGGCCAAAAUGACGAAGCGGAGGUGAUUCGCAAGAAACUCAAGGCCUAUGACAAAAUGCUCAAGGACGAAAAGGAAGAAGCCCAAAAGUCCAUGUGGGGUACCCUGGUGGCAGCUCCCAUGGAAGCUUACGAUAUGAUUUUGGACCCCAACCGAAAGGAACGAGAAGAAGAAGAAAAGAUGCGACGAGAAGUCAAGGCAUCCAAACGAGCCUGGAGAGGUAUCCGAAAAGAACGAUUUGCCUUUUUGGACGUGUCUGGGAAUGGCAAUGACAUGUCCUCCAGUCGGGACGAAAAGAAGACUGCCUACUAG